AUGCGCCUCUCUUCGCUGCUGGUCGCCGCCGUGAUGGCCAGCGCCUCGACUUUGACGCCUCCCGUCCUUCCUUUGAUUGUCCGCAAUCCGUACCUCAGCACCUGGCUGGGCAACGCUCGCGAUGCGCCGUGGGAACACUGGCCCUAUUUCUGGACGGGCUCGAGCGUUGGCUUCUCCGUCAUGGCCUCUGUGUCGGACUCCAACACUGUAUAUCCUUUGCUAGGACGGCCUCAGGACUCCUUGCCCCCGUCCUCCAAGUCCUCUGGACCUGUCAAAGUCGUGCUCUCGUUUCUCUCGCCCAUCACGCCCACGUCUACCUUUCGCCAGUCGAUUCCUGCUGCGUAUCUGACUGUCCACGUCGAGGGCUCCUUCGACAUCAGCAUCUAUACUGACGUGAAUGGCGAAUGGGUAAGCAGGCAGUCGCAGCAGCUGCUUACCGAAUUCGCCGACCACGCGGAAUGGGGCACACUUCACUUCACUGGGCCGGCCGACGCUUCCCAUCAAGCUGGAACCUCUGGCAUUUUGCGCCAGCAUUUUGCGGCAAAGGGCUCCCUGAAGAACGAGGUCGAUGGUUCGUUUAGAAAGAUCAUGGACGAGGAGCCAGUCUUUGCCUUCUCCAAGACUUUCCACCUGAGCAACAAGACUGGUUCUGGGACGGCAUCAGCGGACAGUGUUCUCUUCACUUUUGCCCUUGUUCAGGACCCUGUGGUCCAGUUUGCGGCUGCUAGAGGACUUACGCAGAUGCGCCCCCUGUGGUCUUUCUACUUUGCCACGCCCAUCGAGCUUGUACAGUACCACUACGACGACUUUUCCGCGGCCAGCUUGCUGGCUAGCAACUACUCUGGUCAGCUGGCUAUCGACGCGUUUGCCUCGGGCUCUCAGGAUUACCAGGACAUUGCUGCGCUGUCCGCUCGCCAGGUACUGGGUGCCACGCAGUUCUCGGGAACUCCUGACAACCCCAUCCUGUUCCUCAAGGAGAUCUCUUCCAACGGAAACUUCCAGACGGUUGACGUGAUCUUCCCCGCGUUCCCAUUUUUCUUGUACACGAAUCCCCGUUGGCUCGCCUACUUGUUGGAACCCUUACUCGAGCACCAGCUGAGCGGACAGUACCCCAACGACUAUAGCAUGCAUGAUCUGGGCGCCCAUUUUCCUAAUGCCACUGGUCAUUCCGACGGCAGAGACGAGUACAUGCCUGUGGAAGAGUGUGGUAACAUGCUCAUCAUGGGCCUAGCGCUUGUCAACGCUUUCAAGUACGACACCCAGCCGGCAUUCCUUCAGUCUGUUGAGGGUCAUGCACGCGCCCACGGUCAAUUCGAAGCAGAAACUAGCAGCGUCCAGCCAUGGGCUCUAUCUAUGGACUCGUACGGUAUAGACCGCUCCUCGGCCGAAGUUGCUAUGAGAGGCUCCAAGGAAGCCGAGAAGUGGGUGUCCCGGUCGUACGAGCUCUGGACCAAGUGGACGGGAUACUUGGUUCGCGAAUCGCUCAUUCCGGCGAACCAGCUCUGCACGGACGACUUCGCCGGGUGGCUCGCGAACCAGACGAACCUGGCUCUCAAGGGCAUCAUCGGUAUUAAGGCCAUGGCCGAGAUCUCCAACGUCCUGGGCAAGACGGACGACGCGAAGUACUACACGGAUAUUGCGACCGACUACAUUGACAAGUGGCAAGGCUUCGGUAUUUCCAGGGACGGUACCCACGCCAAGCUGGCUUACACAUGGUAUGGGUCUUGGACGACCAUUUACAACCUCUACGCAGACUCGCUACUCUGCUUCCAUCUGCCAGAGGAGAAGAAGCCAUCGACGCACGGCGGACAAUUCAUGGGGUGGUUCCAAAAGGCCAUAGGCAUCAAGGCGCGGUCGACGUUCGUCCCGGACAAGGUGUACAGCAUGCAAAGCAACUGGUACCACGCGGUGCUACAGCACUACGGGCUCCCGCUCGAUAGUCGUCACCUAUAUACGAAGAGCGACUGGGAGUUCUUUGCCGCGGCCGUCACAAGCAAGAAGACCCGCACGGAGAUCCUUCAGAGCAUUGCGACUUGGGUUAAUGAGACGACGACUGACCGGCCUUUCACAGAUCUUUACGAGACAGAGGGUACUGGUGGAUGGCCAGGCCCUCACUUCAUGGCCAGGCCCGUAGUCGGAGGCCACUUUGCCUUCCUGGCGCUGGAGAGGGCUUGCGGCGGCAAGGCCGUCGGGGGUCUGAGCUUCCUGGAUGAACCGGAGGCGUUUGCCGAGGUAGAUGUCCGCAAAGCACUUGAGGCUGAGAUGUUUAUCGCGGGUUCUCUGGGGUCGGAGCAACAGGUGAUGGACGACCUUUAA